AUGGAUACUCUCAUUCAGAAGCAAUUGAUCAGCUCGCGAUCUUUGCAGUAUAAUUACUACACAUCACCUAACCUGAACGAUUCCACUGCCGACCCCGUUCUCGUUCUCUUCCAUGGAUUCCCCGAUUCAGCGUCUGUAUGGGCGCCAGUUGUUACACUUCUCGUCGCCGUUGGUUUCCGGCUCAUGAUACCAGAUUUGCUUGGGUAUGCUGGCACGUCUAAGCCAUGGAACGUCUCAUUCUUUAAUUCUAGCGCUAUGGCGAACGACAUCAUAGAGAUACUCGACCAGGAGGGUGUCGCCAACUUCGUGUCCGUUGGCCAUGACUGGGGAGCUUUCAUGGCACACCGAAUGUACUUGUGGCACCCUGAACGCGUCAAUGCUCUCGUCGUGGGGGCAUAUAAUUACGAACACGUGGCAAGAACGCCAAUCAACAUCAACAUGGAGGCCGAAAAGUUUGAACGACAACUGGGAUGGCCAUUCAAAUACUAUUACAAGUUUCUCGCCAGUUCCGACGCACCGAGUCUGUUGUCCGGCCAUCCUGAGAGUUUCUAUGCUGCUGGGCACGGAGAGAACAACGCCAUGAAUGAGACCUUUGGCCGGCGAGAUGGUCUUGUCGACUGGCUCUCUGCUGACAAACGGAGAAAGCUGCAGUCAUAUGCCAAUGACCCCGCAGCUAUGAGUGCCGCCAGGGAUAACUUCCAGGCCGCCGGAUUUACAUCGCCGUUGAUGUGGUACCGCGCCCUAGUGGAGAACGUACAUAUGGAGGUGGAGAAGAACCUCGCAGCCGAUGCAGACAACAUUCGGGUACCUUUCUUGCAUAUGGGCGGCUCGAGGGAUCCCGUUUGUCCUCCGGCAAUCUUUGACAGCCUAGAAUUGCGCGCUUAUUUCUCGGACUUCACGAGUGAAGUCUUCGAAUGCGGUCACUUCCUCCCAUCCGAAAAGCCCAAGGAGAUUGCAGAGACCAUGAUAGAGUGGUUGAAGUCAAGAGGAAUUGCACCACAGUGA